AUGGACAUUGAUCUCGCGCAGCUGCGAGACCGGCUGGUCACGAUCGCACUCCAGGCCGGAGAGAUGAUCACGAGCGCAAAACCCAGCACUUUGUCGUCCGGCACGAAGAAGAACACGGCCGACCUGGUGACGGAGACGGACCGGGCAGUGGAAGCGUACAUCUCGACGGAGCUGAAGCGGCUGUACCCUUCGUUCGCGUUCAUGGGCGAAGAGACGUACACGCCCGGGCAGAAGCUGGGCCCGGAGCCGACGUUCGUGGUCGACCCGAUCGACGGCACCACCAACUUCGUGCACCGCCACCCCUACGUCAGUGUGAGCCUGGGCUUUGCGGUCGACAAGGUCCCCACCGUCGGUGUCGUCUACAACCCCUUCACGGGGAAAUUGUACUCGGGCGUUCGGGGCCAAGGGAGUUAUGUGCGAGAGGUGGGGGGGACGGGAAACCCAACGACAACGACAACAGAACCAAAAUCAGGAACAGGAACGGCAACAGAAACAGAAACAGAUACAGACAUACACCGUCUUCCAUUACAGGACCCCGCACCCCUAACAGGUCUGGAUUCUUGUAUAGUCAUCUCCGAGUUCGGGUCUGACCGGUCCGGGUCCAACUGGAAGACCAAGGCCGACACCUGGGCCCGUCUGGGCCGGAGCAAAGACGAGGGCGGCGCCAUGGUCCAUUCGGUCCGCGCCCUGGGCAGCGCCGCCCUCAACCUCUGCGCCGUCGCAGAGGGCUCGCUCGACGUCUACUGGGAAGGCGGCUGCUGGGCCUGGGACGUCUGCGCCGGCUGGGUCAUCCUCACUGAGGCCGGCGGAAUCAUUGUCGAUGCCAACCCCGGUACUUGGCACGUCCCGGUCGACCAUCGCAAGUAUCUGGCCGUUCGGGGUGCGACCUCGGGCCAGAAGGAGCUGGUCGAAGAGUUCUGGGCCAAUGUCGAGGGGACUCUGCACUAUGAGCACUGA